UUUCAAACAUUUCAAACUCUCCUCUUUCUCUCGACUUUUCUUCUUUCACACUUUUCCUUUCCCUUCCCUUCCCUUCCCUCUUAGCCAAGAAAGAAAAAAAAUCAACAUUAAUCUCAACCAUAUUGUCACUCUCUGCAUACAAUGAUAGCAAAACACAACUCUGUCCUUCCACCUGGUUUUAGAUUCCAUCCCACCGAUGAAGAACUGAUCAUGUACUACCUCCGAAAUCAGGCCACGUCGCGACCGUGUCCUGUGUCCAUCAUUCCCGAAGUGGACAUCUACAAAUUCGACCCGUGGGAAUUACCCGACAAGGCGGAGUUUGGAGAAAAUGAAUGGUACUUUUUUAGUCCCCGUGACAGGAAGUACCCGAAUGGGGUCCGACCCAACAGAGCAGCGGUGUCGGGUUACUGGAAAGCCACGGGCACAGACAAGGCCAUUCAUAGUGCAUCCAAAUACGUGGGUGUGAAGAAAGCUCUUGUUUUCUACAAGGGUCGGCCUCCAAAGGGUAUCAAAACUGAUUGGAUCAUGCAUGAGUAUCGUUUAAGCGACUCAAGAACACAACCCAGCAAGAGAAAUGGAUCUAUGAGGUUGGAUGAUUGGGUUCUUUGCCGGAUUUACAAGAAGAAAAGUAUGGUAAGAGCUGAGCAGAAAAUAGAAGAGGACUCUUAUGCUGCUCAAAUGGUUCUACCAGUUGCCGGUGUAAACGCCGGUGACGAACAAAUCAUGAAAUUUCCGAGGACUAUGUCACUUUCUCAACUAUGGGAAUUUGAAAAGUUGGGCUCGAUUUCACAACUUUUAAGUGACAAUAAUGCAUUCAAUUCUUCGAGCUUCGAUUUACAGAACACCGUGAACCAUGCCGGCAUGAGCCACCACGGUGGCAUCAGCAAAAUUGAGUCCGGCGAAGUGCCGUACCAACAACCACCACACACGGACACAGCAAAAUUUCAAGCGAACCACAGUAGCGUAUUGAACCAGACAAUUUUCAUGAACCCAGUGUUUGAUUUUCAAGGAUAGAAUGGUUUUUUAUGUCAUAAAGAAAUUGUAAAAUAGGGCUUGUUAGAGAUCAUAGAGGCUCCAACUGUUCAAAAAAUUUGUAAAAUUUGUCAUUGAAUGAAACGUAUUAUUUGCCUCUGGCAAUGGACAUAAA